AUGAAUCCCAGCGCGCCCAGUUACCCCACGGCCUCCCUCUACGUGGGAGAUCUGCAUCAAGACGUCACAGAGUACAUGCUUUAUGAGAAAUUCAGUCCGGCCGGUCCCAUCCUCUCCAUUCGUGUGUGCAGGGACAUGAUCGCCCGCCAGUCCCUUGGUUACGCCUAUGUCAACUUCCAGCGGCCCGCUGAUGCCGGGCGUGCUUUAGACACGAUGAACUUUGAUAUGAUCAAAGGCAGGCCCCUUCGAAUCAUGUGGUCUCAACGUAACCCCUCGCUGAGGAAGAGUGGAUCGGGCACCAUCUUUAUCAAGAACCUUGACAAGUCCAUUGACAACGAGGCCCUGUAUGACACCUUCUCGGCUUUUGGAAACGUCCUUUCAUGCAAGGUGUUUUGUGAUGAAAACGGCUCAAAGGGCUACGGGUUUGUGCACUAUGAGACCCAUGGGGCUGCGGAGCGGGCCACUGGGAAACUGAAUGGCAUGUUACUCAAUGACAGAAAAGUGUUUGUUGGGCGUUUCCAGUCCAGGGAAGAGAGAGGAGCUGAGCAUGGCGCCCGUGCUAGAGAGUUCACAAAUGUCUACAUUAAGAACUUUGGGGAGGACAUGGAUGAUGAGAAGCUGAAAGAGAUUUUUGGGAAAUAUGAACCUGCCCUCAGUAUACGUGUCAUGACAGAUGACCGUGGCAAAUCAAAGGGAUUUGGUUUUGUCAACUUUGAGAGACACGAGGAUGCACAAAAGGCUGUUGAUGACAUGAAUGGCAAAGAGCUAGAUGGCAGGCAGGUUUAUGUGGGCCGUGCUCAAAAGAAUGAAGAGCGCCAGAAGGAACUCAAUUGCAAGUUAGAGCAAAUGAAGCAGGAUCGCAAGACUAAAUACCAGAGUGUUAAUGUGUGUGUGAAAAACCUGGAUGAUGGCUGGGAUAUUGAACGUCUUUGCAAAGAAUUUUCAGCCUUUGGAACCAUAACACGUGCUAAGGUAAUGAUGAAGGGCGGUCAGAGCAAAGACUUUGGAUUUGUCUGCUUCUCCUCUCCUGAAGACGCCACCAAGGCUGUGACAGAGAUGAAUGGCCACAUCGUCACUACCAAACCACUGGAUGUGGCCCUAGUCCUGUACAAGGAGAAACAUCAGGCCCACCUCACCUACCAGCCUGCCCCGCCUUCUGGCUAUUUUAUGGCUGCUACUGCUCAGGCUCAGAACCAUGCUGCGUACUACUCAACCAAUCAGCUGCCCCAGCUUCACCCCAGCCCCGCUAGGGCUGCUCAGGGUGUGAGACCCCAGCACUUCCAGAACAUGCCGAAUGCCACGCAUCCGUCCACCCCCAGGCCACAGACCUUCAACGCCAUGCAACCCACCACCACCCAGGUCCCACGCAUGACAACAUCUCAGCAUAUGCCCACUCCAGCCCUCAGUCAGUGCCCUGCCAGUGCCUCAGCUGCUGCUGCCCCAGCGUGCGCCAUGCCCCAGUACAAGUAUGUUGCCGGUGUAUGCAAUCCUCAGCAGCACAUGGCCUCUCAGCCACAGGUCAGCAUGCAGCAGCCUGCUUUUCAUGUCCAAGGACAGAAGCCCCUGACUGCUUCCAUGCUGGCUUUUGCACCUCCUCAGGAACAGAAGCAAAUGGUUGGUGAGCAUCUGUUCCCCCUCAUCCAGAAUACGCACCCCAGCCUUGCACAGAAGAUCACUGGUAUGCUGCUGGAGAUUGACAUCUCGGAGCUGCUCCACAUGCUGGAGUCACCAGAAGCUCUCCCCUUCAAGAUGGACCAGGCUGUGGCUGUGCUUCAGGCCCACCAGGCCGAGGAAGCUGCUCAGAAGUCCGCCACCCUUGCUGGGGUUCCCAGUGUCUAA